GCGGCGCCUCUUUGAUGUCCACCACCUUGUUCUUCUCCAACGAGAUGUUGGAGAUACAUAUCCCUUCUUGAUCUGGACUAGUCUACACGAAGGGAGAGACCGAAAAGUCGGCUGGAAAUGAACUCUGAAGCUACAUGUCGGUCUCGGAGCAUUCAUGAUAAGAGUCGCCGCUUCUCCUCCUUUCCCAUCCACGUGAGAAGUUCAACCGGAGAGGGCUGAAAGGAGGUUACCUGGCUUUCUUAUUGGCUGUUUAAUCUUUUGAGCCCGAGCAAGUGGACGACGGCUUCACGAGACACUGAGGAUUGCAUGCAUCAGUGCCAAGAAAUUGCAUUACUUGGGAGACUUCUGCUAAGGAGUGACAGAAACCAUCUUGGAGGAUGGGAGCUGAGCAGGGACGCACACAGGGGAAUGGGCGCAGUGACGCCGUCGUCGCCAGACAGCCACGCUCUACUCCCUGCCCCAGCCUAAAGAUGUUUCUGGUGGCUUUGUCCUUUGCCUAUUUUGCAAAGGCUCUGUCAGGGAGCUACAUGAAGAGCACAAUAACUCAGCUGGAGAGGCGCUUUGACAUCCCCAGUUACCUAAUAGGUGUCAUUGAUGGAAGCUUUGAGAUAGGUAACCUGUUGGUGAUAGCCUUUGUCAGCUACUUUGGGGCCAAGCUCCAUCGCCCUAAGAUCAUUGCAGUGGGGUGCGUGCUGAUGUCCAUCGGCACAUUCAUCAUCGCUCUGCCUCAUUUCAUCAUCGGACGGUAUAAAUUUGAAACAUCAGUUCGGUGGGUUGUGAACUCAACACUGAACCCGUCUCCUUGUCGGGUUGACUCAUCAGCAGAUUUAACACAAGAUGGUAAACUAUCAGAGGUGCCAGCAACAGGUUGCGAAGGUGACUCCAACCUGUCAAUGUGGAUCUACGUGCUCCUUGGAAAUGUCCUGCGGGGGAUUGGAGAGACACCUGUGCAGCCACUUGGGAUCUCUUAUAUUGAUGAUUUUGCUACAGAGGAGAAUGCAGCGCUAUAUGUUGGCUGUGUGCAGACCAUUUCAGUGGUGGGACCUGUGUUUGGCUACCUUUUAGGCUCCAUUUGUGCCAAAAUCUAUGUGGAUAUUGGAUUUGUUAAAAUGGAAACUAUCACCAUCACCCCAGCAGACACUCGCUGGGUGGGGGCCUGGUGGCUGGGCUACUUGAUAGCUGGGGUCAUAACACUGCUCUCUGCCAUCCCAUUUUGGUUUCUGCCACGCUCCCUUCCCGUGUCGGGGUCCCGGGGGACAGAAAAGCGCACACCAGAGCAGACAAGCUUUAUCAAAGACUCCCGUCUUCUGAAACACAAGUAUCCUGUCAAUGAAAACACCAGUUUUAUAGAGAUGGCCAAAGAUUUUAUACCAACCCUGCGAACCCUGCUGGGACACCCAGUAUACAUGAUCUACCUGUGUGUGACGAUCAUCCAGCUCAACUCUCUCAUCGGCAUGGUCACCUACAAGCCCAAGUACAUCGAGCAGCACUUCAGGCAGUCUGCAUCAAAGGCCAACUUUCUGAUGGGAGUGAUCAACAUCCCAGCAGUGGCCCUGGGCAUGUUUUCUGGAGGUCUGCUGAUGAAGAGACUGAAGCUGAACAUCAUGGGAGCAGCCAAGUUUGCCUUUGGCACAUCUCUGAUAGGUUAUAUUCUGUCACUGUUCUUCUUUGCUAUGAGCUGUGAGAAUGCCAAGGUAGCCGGAGUGACACUUUCAUAUAACAGUGUUGACACUGCAUCGCAUUAUGAACAGUCAGUGUUCACAACCUGCAACUCUAUGUGUUUGUGCUCAGCGAGUGAGUGGGACCCAGUCUGUGGAGAGGAUGGCAUUACAUAUGUCUCUCCUUGUCUUGCUGGCUGCACGGGUUCUGCUGGUUCAGGAAAAAACACAGUGUUCUCUAACUGUAGCUGUGUGGGCAUUGCCGGUAACUCUACGGCCAGUACAGGCCAGUGCCCUCACACAGAUGACUGUGACAGGAUGUUCCCGUACUUCUUGGCUCUCUCCGUCAUCACUUCAUUCAUCAUCUCUCUCGGGGGCACGCCGGGCUACAUGCUUCUUAUCAGGUGCAUCAAACCACAGCUAAAAUCUUUAGCACUGGGUUUUCAUGCUCUUGCCACACGUACCCUUGCAGGGAUCCCAGCGCCGAUCUACUUCGGAGCAAUUAUAGACACCACAUGUCUGAAAUGGGGUCAGAAGAGGUGUGGAGGCAUAGGAGCAUGUAGAAUCUACAACACCACUGCAUACAGGAUAGCGUACCUGGGUCUGACUCUGAGCCUGCGAACCAUUUCCUUCAUCAUCUGCAUCCCAGGCUUCAUUUUGCUCAGUCGACAGUUGAAGACGGAGGAAAUGAACGGCAUCCACGGAGCUCUUGCCAACGGAGGGGCUGAGCUGGAGGCGCUCAGGAAAGAGGAGUUUGUGAUUUCAAAUUCUGACCAAUCACAGCAAACCUCAGACAACAGCACAGACAGGGAGACACGGCUGUGACACACCAAGCACGCCCCAUCUUCUAUGAAUGCAAACACUCACAUACAAGAGAUGAGCAUAAACAUACACAUGCACAUACAUCCAAUAAAGAUACAAACACACAACUGAGAAUUGCAGGGAAUGACGUUGUAUCCAAUCAUCUUAUAAAGAGCAUACAUUUUGUAUUUGUACUCCUUAAACCUUCUAAGACAGAAAUUUGAUACAACUGAAAUGUUUCUUGAAUGUAUUUGCUGUUUUUUUUCCUUACAAAAUUUUUUUUGUGGAUUUAUCCGUGACGCAAGAGUUGACAGCCUUCUAAAAAAACAAAAAAAAAGACUGUUUUAUUUAAAAAACAGCUCUGAUAAAACUGUCUCUUUGGAUUUUCCUUUAACGUCAAAUCAUUUCCUCCUGACCCAACUGUUCCUUAACAGAGGAAGAGAUGUGGCCUUACAAACCAGAGCAAAAGCCUUAAUAAUAUAAACUAAAAAGAAAGACAGAAAAAGGAUAAAGCAAGGCCAGCUAAAAGACUGUAAAUAUUUUUUCUGUCAGGAAAAAAAGAAAUGUGAAAGUUUAGUUUUUUAUAUGGUGGCCCUGAAGGUCAACUGUGAAAACAUUUCACUGAAAACAGAGGAACAUUUCACUCAACCCCAAAAAAUAAUUUAUCCGAUACAAAAUACCCUAUGAAACACACUACAUUCAAUUAAAAAAACCCACAAGAAUUAGAUUAAAAAACACAAAAUUCUCAAAUGCAAAAAAUACUUAAUGAAACAAAAAAGUAAAGUGCAAAACUUUAGAAAAAUACAAAUAUUUCAUUUUCACAGUGUUUUUGCAUUUGAUCAAAUGUGUGUAUUUCAUUAAAUGCGUUUGGACUUCAUUACAUAUUUUUACUUUUUUCUGCAUUUCAUGAAAGGAUUUUAUGCUUCAUGAAAAAUGCGAAAUGUUGCUUUCACUAUAAAUUAUUUUUGCAUUUGUGAAACGUUUUUGUGUUUCUUGAAAUGCUUAUGGUUUUCAAAAAACUUUUUUUCCAUUUUGUUAAAUAUUAUGUGCUGUUGACCAUCAGGGCCACCAUAGUUUUAACACAUACUUCAGUAGCUUUAAGAGGACUUGAGAGUUGUUGGAUUUGACGUAUGUGCCUCGCUCACUUACCUUACCUCUAAAUAAAGGUGUCAGCCUUCUUGCUGAUACUGGAGUGCAAUUUUCAACAUGCUUAAUACAGAUCUGAAUACUAUUUAACUUUGAAAUACCAGACUGAAUGUAAGUCUUUGCACCCAUUUGGAAACAAAAAGUUUUUUUCCCUUGUCAUGUUUCAUGGUAUUGCUGCUUGUGUUGUGUGCUUUCUGGAUGUAAACUUGCUCCUUUGUAUUUACCAAAGGACAAGGAACUUUUCACACUCACAAGAGGCCACUAGUAGCACUUUUCAGUUUCAACCAGUACCAGUGGAUCCCGUCUAAAUCUUUGUCCAUUAGGGAGACUUCAUGUCAUCACAGACUUGAAGCUUGCAUGACCGUUUUUUAAAUGGUUCUAAAAGAACUAAUACUGAUGCCUUUAAAUGGCCCUAAAAGCAGGAAAAGAUAAUCAGGACUACGUUUUUUUCUAUAGUUUUUUUCAUGGCAGCUAGCCAGUGUCAGACAAUCAAAAGUGGCCAUUUCCACCAAAAAAAGUAGUUAUAAAGGUAGACCACUAAACUGCAACAGGAGGAUGUCUCGGAGCAGAAUACUAAGUAUACAGAAAGGAAAAGGAUUAGGGCCACAGAAAAAUAUCUUUUGUUGUGACUUUUUCUGUAGAUUUUGGAGGGAAAAAUGUCAGUCUUCAGUAAGCAAUGUGACCAGGCAUCAGCUACAAAAUCAUUUGAUCUAUUUCCUACUGGAUUGUCCUGACAGCUUACAAGUGAUGCACUUUGGAUGGGCAUGGAUGAGGAACUUUGCUUAAUAAAUAGAGCUGUUAGCUAGCUACAUAAUUAACAUUAUUUUAUCAGCCAUUGUAGCCAAGUUAGUGUUAGCAACAUGAACUUUAGCAA